GUUGAACCAUCGUGUUCACACACAUACACACUGGCAGGACCUAAACCCCACCCACACGCUAUCCACAGCGACAAAUGGUGUUACUUACACAGUACGCCAAUCCACCACACUACGCCAUGCCAUAUCACGCCACAUCAAUCUCUCUUUGAGAGCAAACAAUAUCGACACACACAUGCACCCGCCCCACUCAGACCAGGUCAAUCAGGUCAGACCAGGUACAUCUCAGCACAUUCAGGGCACUACCCAACACUCAACACUCAACACGCACCACACGCACUGCACAACAACAAAGGCAUGCAAGCAUCGAGGUCAGAUGAAUGGCCCCCCUCGUGUGAUUGGCGUGUGCGCCUGGUGGGCAUGAAUGCAACACCACGCCACCCCAGCCACACCUCAUGCAGCUCUCAAAUGCAUUACUUGAGAUUGCAGACAGACAGACAGACAGACAGACAGACAGAGAACCACUCUGUGUUAGACUGCAAAACCAACAACAGCCACUGUACACUCACUGCAUGUACGAGCCACCACUCAUGCAGGCAGGCGUCUCCGCCCCCUCUCCUUAUUUAUUCACACAGGACAGUACAGUCACAACGCACAAUGCAUGAGACACUAGCCGUGGGAAGGAAGGACACACGACACACGACAAACGGCUGUGCAAACUCUGUGAACGCACACGACAGUACGACAUGUCGUCGUAUCUGUGUGGUCAGGGCGCCCCUCCCAGCAAUGGAAGGCUACUCACACUUGCGGCCCCUCUGACAUUGCGACAGCCUGAAGGAGUCACACAUACAGACAUUGACACAUGUGUCGAUGCGUCAGACGGACAGCGCGUGUUCGUCCACUUACAUCAUUCGCAGUGUCGUCUGUGUUGGCGUCAAUACUCUUGUCCACCCAAAGUAGCCGUGCCUGCAGUCCUCCGUUUGUGCUUGCACUCGCCCUAAUCGCGAUGGUGGCCACAAGGACGAUCGCCAUGGCGGCCACCAUGACUAUCACGGAGGCGGUCACAUAAUGGUAGUAGUAGAAAUGGUCGUCAACGAACUCGUCAUCAGGGUCCUCGACGUGGCCGUUGUCAUGACGGUCAUCGCCAUGGUGCUCGUUGUCAUCGCCAUGGUGCUCGUUGUGAGGCUCCUCGUGAUAAUCGUGCUCGUGAGGAUGCUCGUGGGGAUGGUCAUGGUGGUCCCUCUCCUUGCCUGCACACACCACACAAAGCAGCGCGCACAGUGGGCACAUUGCCCCCUCCCUGAUCACGUGUAUGUGUUAGGCUUACAGAUGCCGUGUUUGUCAAAGGGGCGUGUUCUCAUGCAGUAGUGCGAGUGGCAGUCGGUGUGGUCCCGGCACUCAUGGCCGUGUCGCUGCAGAUCACCAGCCGCCCGGCACCCACCGUUCACACAACUGCAUGGAUCAAGAAAACACAUGCAGACACAACCAUCAACAAAUGCAUACCAUUGCUCUCCCUCCCGUCCGUUGCUUACUUGUGUGAGCAGCACUGAGAGUCCCACUUGCACUGUCUGGUCGAAUAGUCCGCCAAGCACAACUGUGGCUUCAGGCCACGAAGGCCGCCCGACGACUGCAAAGGCUCAGCCACCUGCUCAUCCCCCAGGACGUCCUCAUCUCGCUGCAGCUGGUCACCCACAGUUGUUAGACCAUCGUCGGCAGCUCCAUCAACAGCAGCAGGAGGGGCAGUGGUGGUGUGGGCCAUGGUGGCUGAGGGCAUCCACGCCGCCACCAGCAGAGCGGCGAGGGCCAAUAGCUUCAGGCGCGAGAAGAGAGCCAUGAUGGAUGCUGACGGGUUGCAAUCGAUUAGCAAGCUAGAUGCAGCUAGUGCGCGUGAUAACGUUCCUGCCGACAGACGUGGCGAAGAGAGUCGACGACGUGGAAGUCGCUGAGAAGUCGAAGUGCUCUUCAGAUGUGAUGAAGGUGGGAUCUGAAGACCUGGUCUCAAGCCGAGACAAGGAGAGAAAGGGGAGGGG